CGCCAUUCCAGUCUUCCACUCCCGAUCGGCUCUUCCAAUCUUCCAUCGAUUCACCUUCCCAACUUGGACACUGCUCCAAUCGCAGGUUCCAGAGUCGCAAGACCCGCAACUUUCAAUUGUUGCACCUCCCUGUCUCGAUUCUCCUCCAGCACUCCAGUAGUCAGCACAGCAGCAUCAGUCUCUGCCUCAUUUGGCGUAAUAUAGAAGAAAACAAAAGGAAGGAAAUAUAAAGACUAAAAGACAUCUGUCUAAACAGCAAAGCAAACAUUUGGAGUGGAAUGGAGUCGAUUUGGAGGAAGGCAUUGAUAUUACUUUACCUAUAUAUAUUUCCUUUUGCAAUAAGUGUGAGAGCCUGGACCGGCGCAAUCCAUGGCAGAAUUGUGUGUGAUGUAUGCAGCGAUUCUUCUAUUGGCCCUGAAGACCAUGUUUUGGAAGGAGCAGAGGUUGCUGUUCUUUGCAUAACAAAGUCUGGGGAAGUUGUAAACUAUCAGGCAUUUACGGACUCCAAUGGGAUUUAUACAGUAGCAGAGAGUAUGCCAGAGAGCGAUCGAUGGGAUGCAUGCCUGGCUAGACCCAUAAGCAGCUUCCAUGAACACUGCACACACUUGAGAAAUACCCGCCCAGGUAUCAAGUUCAGUUAUAAUCUCCCAUCGGGUUUUUCGCAUUCUGUCCGACCAUUUGUAUACUCUCCGCCCACUCCUCCAUCAUACUGCACAUCAUAGGAAUGCCAUUUCCUCUUUCAACAGCUUGGGCAUUUCAAAUGCUGAAGAUAGACAUCGUAUGAGCGCAUGCUGCAUUUGUGUUUUAAAGGUCUCUUGAAUAUGUAUUUAUAUUAAUAUGCUCCGUAUUUAUAUUUGAAAAUGUUGAAUCACAAAAUAUAAUUUUAAGUAGAGUAUUUUGAGAUACAUGCUAGCAUAAAGAAAAAUAUUUAUACAUUGAUGUCUAAAAAUAUGAGCAUGUUACAUGUACCCCAAAAUUUGUACCUCAUUUAUGCACUAACAUUUUGAUAGUUCACACUUACAUAAAGCGUUGGUGCGUUA